GAACUUUGUUCAGGGACUCUCCCAAACUUUAGCUUAAAUUAGAAAUAAUAAUUUUUUUUUUUAGCAAGAGGGAAGGCGAAACUUUGGAAAAAGGACUUCAAGCUGUCUUCAAGCCUUCAAUGUGGUUUAAACUCGCAAAUGAUUUUCCAGUUUUUAACGCUUGCUUUCUGCUUGAAAACGUCGUGAAUUCCUAGACUUGCGUAUCGUGUGAAGAUUCCUACCUUAUCGACGUUUUUGGGCGAUCGGCGAAGCGCAACGAAGCCAAAAUGGCCGCUGGACGUUGACGUUUUGUUAUUUACGUGACUAAUAUUUUGCAAACUUUACGGAUUACCAACACGACCAGCGCAAUAAUCAAAUAGAAGCGCACUGAUAACACGCCGACACAGUACGAUUUGGAGUGCAGGUUAUUCAGUGUGAAGUGGAAAGAAGUGAUUAUGAUGGUGGAAGCAGUGCAGGACACAGAGUCAUCAAACUGAAAUUAAGGCUUCUGGUAGUGAAAUUGAAUGGAAAAUGAGCAGUCAGGGCCAGAACUUGCCCAACUCACAGGAGGUUGAUGCAAUUGCACACUGGGCUUCCAAUUCAUCGCCCGCGUAUCCUCCGCCGCCAAUUGUGCCCGCUCGCGGUGUGAAGAGGAAUAAUCCUGCUGAGUGCAUGAUAUCCAGGGCUCAUGAGAAAAAUUCAAUGGAAUCUUGGGAUAAAUUUGGGCCUAUACAAGAUACCAACUUGUUUUUGCGCCCUGAGAACAAUAUGAACCUGAAUAAUGAUUGCAACAUCAAGAAUAUGGGCAACAACGGCCACGACGUGAAUGUAAAUCGCGUCCAGAGUCCAAUUAUUCUCGAUAGUAAAUUUAAUUCGUCCUGGUUUCACGGUAAAAUAUCGCGAGAACAAGCAGAGCAACUCCUACAACCGCGCAUGGAUGGACUGUUUCUUGUGCGCGAGUCAACUAAUUUCCCCGGAGAUUAUACGCUGUGCGUAUGUUUCCAAAAUAAAGUCGAACACUACCGUGUCAAGUACCACGACCGAAGUCUCACAAUCGAUGAUGAGGAGUUCUUUGAGAAUUUGGAUAAACUCAUCGAACAUUACAAGAAUGACGCGGAUGGGUUGUGCACCAAGCUGGAAAUGGCGCUGCCGAAGGAGGCUGCGAAGACGGAGCCGAUUCCAGCGCAAAAUAGUCAUGUAGAUGAUUUGUGUAUUAUUCAAGAACAAGAAUUAGAGAUUUUGGAACCAAUCGGUAAAGGAGAAUUCGGUGAAGUGCGACUGGGUAAAUGGAAGAAACAGAAAGUCGCUGUCAAAGUAUUGAAGGACUCCAGUGAGGCAGAAGCAAUAUUAAUGAAGUCGUUACACCAUGAAAACUUAGUCAAUCUCUUAGGCGUAGUGCGAAAAAAGGAUCAAAUCUACCUGGUGACGGAGUACAUGAGCAAAGGCAGUCUAGUUGAUUACCUGCGGUCGCGUGGUCGGUUACACGUAACAAAACGUGAUCAAAUCAACUUUGCGUUUGAUACCAGCGCUGGCAUGGAGUACCUGGAGCGUAUGCAUGUGGUGCAUCGCGAUCUUGCCGCGCGGAAUGUGCUGAUCGCUGAGAACGGCAUCGCCAAGGUGUCGGAUUUUGGUCUGGCGCGAAACGAGAAGAAUACCGCGUUGGAAUCGGCUAAGUUACCCAUUAAAUGGACUGCACCGGAAGCUCUCAAACAAAAUAAAUUUUCAAACAAGUCAGACAUGUGGAGCUUCGGAAUUCUACUCUGGGAGAUUUAUUCGUUUGGAAGAGUACCUUAUCCACGAAUUCCUCUUGUAGACGUUGUGAAACAUGUCGAAAAAGGUUACAAAAUGGAAGCACCUGAAGGAUGUCCGCCCGAAGUUUAUGAAAUUAUGCGACAGGCGUGGGAUUUGCAUCCAGACAAACGACCCAUGUUUCAAGACGUGCGGGCGAAAUUGGAAAUCCUAAAACAGCAGACAUUAUAAUUUCCUUCCAAUCAUCCAAGCAUCUUGGAGACUUUGCCGUCGAUGUCGCCUGUAGGCAUCGCACGCGCGCAACAUUUUAAUUCAAGAGUCAUGUCAUAUACAUAUAUGUGGAUUGUUCGAUAUUCUAUGAUGUACAUAUAUCAUGUGUACAUUUAUUUAAAUCAAAGUCGCGUCGUCGCGCCGACAAAACGAACUUAUACUAAGUACUUUUACGGUGUUCUCUCUCAGUUAAAACUGUAGUGUUCGUAUUGUAACCGGGAUACAAUGCGAGAGCACUACUAGCCGGUAAUAAUCAGUAAUCAAUCAAAUAUAAUUAGAGUUUUAAACUGGUUGUGCAAUGCAAGUAGUUGGAAUUUGGCCAAAAUUACGAUUUAAAUUUUAAAACAAUUAAACAAAGAAAUUAAUGCGACUAAAAAUGGGCAAAUGCUUCCAACUGUUAAACACGAGUUUAUUAGAAAUGCGGGGACGGAUAGAAAGAACGUGAAUUUUAUUAAUUUUUAAUUUCGCAUCUUGAGACAUUGACAUAGUUUUAUUUCAUACUUUGUGUAAGUCGAAAAAAUGUGCACAUUAUUUAUUUAUUAUUUAUUUUGUUUAACGCUUUAUACGAAAAACGAAAGAAAAAGUGUCCGUGUAUUUCUCACAAUAAUCUCUCCAAGGAAAUGCCAAAAUAAUGAGUUCAUGCGAAUGUUUAAAACGACUAACUACAAUAAUGAUAAGAGAAACUUCCAGAACGCAAUGCGUGCACGAGAGAAAGAGAGACAAAGCCCGCUCUGAGUGAAACAAAAAAGAAAACAAUGCAUUAAAAACUAAUUAAUUAACUUGUGAUGUAAUAUUUAAGUAUGAUCGCCGAACGAGUGUGCAAGCAUGUACCGCAUGUAUUAAUCUAUUAAGUAAGCCUGAUAUGUGCGAGCGAGGGUACGAUUUCUAAGUCUUAACAUGUUGGUUUUCCUUUUUUUCAAUUGAUGACAAGUGUACGUACUUAAGGUCGGGGUGGGAUGUUCAUUUCGACUUGUGGAAAGUUUGUAUUCAUGUUAAUCUAAAAAUCUACUUGUAGAUUGUCCAUUAAUGAUUAAUAAGCAAUUAUACAUUGGGAUUUUAUCAUG